GAAACACAAGGCCCUCACUCGAGCCCGUGCGCGCCGCCCGGUGACGAAAAGAGGGCCGCCUCGGAUCAUUCGGAGAGCCGCCGCGCGCUACAUUGUGGGCCGCUGCGUGCUGUUCUUUGAGCCAAAAGAGAGGCCUCACCCGCCGCUCGAUUAGGACGCGCGAGAGCUAGCCGUGCCUGUUUGACUCGGCCGCUCGCGCAGAUUUCGGAUAGUGCAUCUCGUCGACGAGAACGAGGGGAAAAGAUUGAGCGCGCGUGUUUUUGUUUCGAGCGAGAGCGCGUCAACGGCCAGAACGCAAACGAAGAAGUGUUUCGCUCGAGAGAAAUGGUUUGCGUGUGCCGCGCGCGUCUAAAAGAGUGCGUUUUGUUGAACCCUGCCUGGGACCCUCAAUCUCUUAAUUUAGCCGUGCAAAAGAAGGAUUUCAAAUUUGUCCGGCUUAUUUCUCCUUCUCAACACCUCAUAUCAUUGCAUACAUGCAGGCGAUUAAAAGUAACCAUCGGAACCAUUUAAAGAGAACAUUCAAAUCUCAGUUAGUUGAAUUCUUAAUCGCCCCAAAAAAACGAAACCUGUUUUAUCAUCUGAUUGACUACGUCAUUGAUGAAGCGGUAAACAAAGCCACCGAAUCUCGUCGAUUAGGUAGUGGUUGAGCGUUUCGCAACCGAGAAGAUUCGUACGAAUAUGAUUUCCGCGCUUAAAAUCGUUUUGCGUACUGUUUAUUUGUUAUUUCUUACAAGUAAUUAUUCGAUAGCAUCCAAAACAUGUGGAAAGCAGAAGAUAUUGCUGCAACAGUUGGUAACCCAUGGAUAUUCCACUCAUCCGGGAGAAUUCCCCUGGCACGUGGCGCUCUUUAUGGCGCAAGGCUUCCAAAAGUCCUAUAUCUGCGGAGGAACUCUUGUGAAUGAAGUCAGCGUCCUUACGGCGGCCCAUUGCGUCACGGAUUCGGCCACCGCCUUGGUUCUUUCGCCUAGCACCCUGUUCGUUCAGGUUGGCAAGUUCAAGCUGAACCUUUAUUCAGAUACUGUGCAGGAACAUGCCGUUCAUCAGGUCCUGGUUUACGAGGACUUCCAGCAGGCCACCAGCCGGAACGAUUUGGCGGUGCUGAAAUUGGCAACCCAAGUGAAAUUUACCGAUUACGUGCAGCCAAUUUGUGUGUUCCCACAACCGCCGAUUAAUCUGAAUGAUGGUUCUGUCCGGGGGGUGGUCGUCGGUUGGGGUUAUACCGAGCAUGACAACUUGGCGGACGAUUUGCGUGGCACCACACUUCCCCUCGUUAGUCAUACCCGGUGCCUGGAGAGCAAUCCGGACUUAUUCGAUAGGACCCUUAACGACGAAAUGUUUUGUGCUGGACACCGCAAUGGCACCAACGUCUGCAACGGCGACAGCGGCGGCGGCAUGUAUUACAAUCAAAACGGAAAUUGGUACCUCAUCGGAAUAGUAUCGUUCACCGGAGCCCGCAGCGCAAAUUCGAAUCUCUGCAGCACCAAGGACUACACCGGCUUUACAAAGGUAGCAGCUUUUGAGUCAUUCAUCAAGGAAAGUUGCGGUUUACUGGCAUCGCCACAGAAUCUUGCUCCCUCGGCCCACAUGGCCGCGUCGCCGACGACUUCCGGCGGAAAUGGCAAGAUCAAACGCUUCCAGGCUUCUUCGUUUGCGGCGGACCAAAAGGUAAAUUGGUUCCAGGCGGGAGAUUACUGUCGCUCGAUUGGACAACAUUUGGCCGAGAUUAAAUCCACACAUGAUAACGCCAAAGUCAAGGAGAUUGUGUCACAGACAGGAAUGGAAACGGAUGCACAGGGAGUUUCACGAAUUCGACACUUUUGGAUCGGAGCUAAUGAUCUGGGGGAAAAUUUGGUUUUCAAGUGGCAAUUCAGUGGAAAGGUAGUCACUUUCACAAAUUGGCGCCAAAACGAGCCAAAUUAUGUCAAUAAGAACACACAUUGUGCAGCUGUUUUAGGAAAUAAAAAUGCUUUUUGGAUUAAUGCUAAUUGUAAUGCCAGGAAGCAAGUCCUAUGUGAGGUUUGGAAGUAAAAUUUUAUUAUUACUAAAAAUAAACAAC